CGGCGUUCGUGGCGCGGCGCGGGGUUGCUUGCGGACGGGCUGCGACCGUCAGUCGUCGGGUGAGCGGGGUGCGACGUAAACGCGGACUCGGACUAUGGCGGAAGGGCUGAUCCUCAUUCCCAUAAAAGGGUCGAGUUGAUUGUGGUGCAGAUACGUGUGGUCCCUGUGGCCGUCAUCCAAAAUGCACUAACAGUUUAAAACAAAUUGAAAAUGGCUUUUAAAAAGUAAACAUUGUCUAUUGUUGAUGAUUUAUUGUAUUGUUCAUGGAACAAGAGAGAAAACUUAUGUAUACAUUGAAUAAUUGUUGGUAUAUUAGCUUUUAAAUCUGGACUGGUUAAUUCAUAUCUUCCAAAGAGGGUAUAAUAUAAAUUAAAAAAUGGCGACACAAAGAUUCUGUUUGCGGUGGAACAACCACCAGUCAAAUAUGUUAUCCGUAUUCGACCAAUUACUGCACGCUGAAACGUUUACUGACGUCACCUUAGCUGUGGAUGGUCAACUGUUAAAAGCACAUAAAAUGGUUUUAUCGGCAUGCAGUCCUUAUUUCCAAGCUCUUUUCGUCAAUCAUCAAGAGAAACAUCCUAUAGUUAUACUAAAGGAUGUCCCCUAUGCCGAUAUGAAAAGUUUAUUAGAUUUCAUGUACAGAGGAGAGGUGAGCGUAGACCAGGAGAGGUUAACAGCUUUUUUAAAAGUAGCCGAAAGUUUAAGGAUAAAGGGACUUACAGAGGUGAACGAAGAAAAGUGCGACAUCCCAGCUCUCACGAACUCCUUAAUUCAACAGCAGUCAAGUGCGACGCACACGCCACCGCCUCAGUUGCACAGAAUACACCCGUACAUGCAUCAAAAACGGCCCGCUUCUGGUAUGCCCAGUGGCGGUGCACCUCCAAAUUUACUAAUGCCUCUAUUGGGCAAUGCAUUAAUGCAACCGAAAAGAAAACGGGGUCGACCGAGAAAACUGAGCGGAAGUUCAAGUGAUGCAUUAAACACGGCGGCUAGUCCUCCCGGCGAAUUCAUCUCGGAGUCGGCAUCUCACGCUCCAUCGAAUAGGGCGGGCGACCAGUUAAUCCGUGGCUCCCCUGAAAUGCUGGAAGUAAAAAUGUCUAUGGACGGCUUUAGCGCUGAAGAUGGCGCGACGUCCGGUGGCGAGGAUGCUGGCGAAGCUCUGUUGAUAGAUGAAGGCGACGACGCUCACUCGACAGAAGCUCCCACUGGAAAAGACUCCGAAUCUGCAGAUCCCGAUAAAGCACCUAAAGAGGAAUCACACCAAAACUAUCCAACUAAUGGGCCUAUUUUAUCCAUAGAAAAUGGAUCAAUUAAGCAAGAGCCUGCUGCUGAUGCUACUGAUGGGUACAACGAACCUGUCGAGUAUAAAUUUAAUCCGGAUAGAAGUCGCGAAAACUCCAAUUCACGAGACGGUUCUAUUAAAGAUGCAGAUGAUAAAAGCAGACUAGGUCGUAACUUAAAGCCAAAGAAUAGUAAAAAACUACUACCCCAAAUGUCAAAAAUUAGAGCCCGAAACUUAUUCAAUCAGCUCUCUGGUCUAUCUAACUUGAAUCCCGCACUUAACACUUUCGACAAGUUCCCGCCUGAAACUGUACUUAUGCCCGCUCUUGCCACGCAGUUAUUCGCUGCUGAAUUAGAACAAAAUAAUCUUAACUUGGGUAAUAACGAUGUGUCCGAUUUAGCGCAAACUAAUUGGGAACAUCGCAUAUUCACUUCACCUAUUAGAAAAAAUAACAUAGGUAACGUGGCAAAUUAUCACGAGGAUACGAACGAAUCUGUAAGAGAUUACUGCAUUAAGGAGGGAGAGAAUGUGUUCAGAUGUAAAAUUUGUGCGCGAGUGUACACGCAUAUCAGUAAUUUCUGUCGACACUACGUCACUUCUCAUAAGAAAGACGUCAAAGUGUUUCCGUGUCCAAUUUGUUUCAAAGAGUUCACUCGGAAAGACAACAUGAUUGCGCAUCUAAAGAUUAUACACAAAAAUCAACCUAAUGCUAACGAGCAAAUGGCCAAACAAGAGUCUUAAUUUUUGGUACUCGAUUUAUGAGCAAAGUAAUAAAGAUCUGAUUAUAGUUAAAGGUAGGGUAUAAGUAUAUCCAUCCUAAGUGAAAAGUUGAAUACAUAGUUGUUAGUAGCCAUUGGUUGCGAUUGAAUAGGCAUUCGAGCUCUUGGUUUCACGAGUAUAUCAAUAAGUUCGUUGAUAUUUUAGAUGAUAUCGUUUGUUGUUAUAUUUAUUUAUUUAUUUAUGUUGUUCCAUUACUUUCUCAAAAGUGCUGACUACAAAGAGAUUUAUAAAAUUUUCUAUAAUUUACUUGUUAUUUUGCACUUACUUGUUACUUAAUUUUAUUACUUACAAAAUUUUCAGGGUACAAAGUAACUACUCAUGGUGAUCGUUAUAUCAAAAGUAGUCUUAUUCGAUUACUUUUUAUGUGCUGAUUGUUGCAUACAAUUCUCAUUGAACUGAAUUAGUUAGUUAUAAGUUUAGUAGAUAUAUUUUAUGAGUAUGACAAUGGCGUGGUCUUUUUGUAAAACGAGAUGUAUGGUGGUUACUAACUGCAAACGAUUUAUUAGAAAAAGAGGCUAAACUCUUUGCAAAAAGGCACCUAUCGACGCGCCAUUGUGUAGUGGUGUAAAAUGCAUUUUCAUUAACUUGCCUUAUUAGUGAUCUUAGUUGUAAAUGAUGAUUUGACUUCUUCGAAGUAAAACUCAACACAGGCUAUGAUUUUAUUUUCUAGAACUUGUUAAGGUUAAUUUAAAAUAUUUUAUCAAUGUUGGAAUAUUUGUUUGUAAAUGUUAUGCUAUUCAAAUACGUGUUUUAAACUACAUCAUAAUAUAUAGAAUGAAAUGAAAUAUAACAUAGAAUAGAAUUAUUAAAAUCUCAUUUACAGCGAAAAUUGUAGUAAUAAAUAUUCAGUUCCUGAACAUUGAACAGAGCCCCAACACAUUGUGACAGUUAUCAAGUAGAUAUUUUAUUAAAAGUUUUCAAUUCCUAACAUAAUUAUAUAAAUAGAUGCAUAUUUCUUUAGCAUAUAAUAAAAUUAUUUAUGUAGAAAAAUACCUACUAGGAGUAUCUAUCAAAGACAAUAUAACAAAAUAUACAUUAUAGAGCAUAAAAUUAUAAAAGAAAUUAAAUACAGUCGAUGAUUUACAUUGCUGCUACGAUUGUAUUAAUUGAUAAAUUAUGGCGGUGUUAUAAUAACGUUAAAUUAAAAAAUCCAAAGGAAAAUCAAUAUAUUCACGUACUUGAUGUCCUACACUAUUGAACACUAUGUAAUAUUUAAAAAGACCACACACCUUAAGUUAGAGAAUGACAAGAUACAGAGUUGCACGUAUCAUGGCUUUAACAUAGCAGGUACAUCGUCGUUUGAAUUCGACUAAAAACGAUUAUUUAAGAAGGUGCACACAGUACGUUCUUAGCGUUUUCAAUUACAAAUCGUAUCAGUGAAUUAAAAACUAGUGAUUUAUUGAAUUUUGGAACGUGUAUCAUUCGUAUCUUUAAUCUUAUGGAGAUUAUCAUUUCCAAUUUUGUGUCUGACAAGUUUGUAUUUGGAGUAAAUUUAUAAAUCUACUAAUUGAUAAAUAAAUAAUGUGGUUUAUAUUAUGCAACAAUUAGUUUAAAGCCAAAUAAACAAAAAAGCUUUUAACGAAUCAAACAAAUGAAAUAUUCAAAAUUUGGCAGAACAUUGAAAUGAAAUGAAAUGAUAGCUCUAGUGAUGUUUAGAUAUAUACUUAUUAAUUUUAUUAUAACACACCCAUGAAAUCUUUAUCUCCAUCGAUCCUGAUUAACUCUAUAUUACAGCAGGACUAUGUAAAUUACGAGAAUGUAAAAAAAUGUUAUAAAUGUUGACAGUUUUGUAAAUAAUUCAAAUGAGGCGGCAACAAGGCGUUGUUGCUAAAGUGAUCUUAGCAAGGUGCUUUGAAAGAUGUUUAUUGAUUACUGGAAUCAUGAGAUGAUUUGUAAAUUCUAUUUUAGUAGAAAUCAAAAUGCCUUAAUUAUUAAAUAAGGGACGGUACUUAUAAAUUAUUUAGUUAAAUUUAGAGGCAAAAGUAGUCUUCCAUUUAUUAUCGAUAGUGACACGUUUUCUCAUUUUCAAUUUCUGUGACAAUCAAGAAUCAAGUUCACCUAUAAUAAGUAAAUCAUUGCAUACUAUUAAAUUAUUUGUAGUAUACUUAAAUAUAUUAAGUUGUAAACCUGUAACCAAAACUCUCCAAUAUAUUGAAAUGUAGGUCCAGGGAACGCUUGCCUAUUAGUGUGCCUUUACUUGUAUAUUAAUAAGUUAAAUAUUUAUCGACUAAUAGAAAAUUAAGAACUUCAAAGAUUGUUAUGUAUUGUUUAUUUUCAUUAUUCGGAGUUUACAUCUACUUUAAGAUGCUUCCUUAGGAGUUUAGAAACCUUUUAGGCCGAAGUAGUUAAAUAAAAUUUGUAAUUAAAAAUAAGAAUAUCAUCUCAUGGUUUCCCAUUACAUUUUGGUAAAUGAUGCAAAUAUAAAAUUUAUAUGAAGUAACAUGCGUUCGAGGCGAGUGAGUCUUGAUAAUUAUAUUAAGACUGUUUAAAUUCAUAAAAGAAACGAAUUUAUUGUACCUACCUUUCAUAAUAUUUAUAUGAAAUUUACCUUUGAAACUGAUAGGUACUUAAAAGGGAAAAAUUAGACUUAAUUAAGGUGAGGCUAUUAUUGAAAGUUUAAAAUCUCUUACCUGUAUUAUAUAGUCAAUUUAGCCAGUGCCUAAGCUAAUGCGUACGAAGAUUAUUCUUACAUGUAAGUUUCUUCAACAGUUGGAUUACUAUUACUUUACUACUUAACUUCUUUGUUCCUUGCUUUUUAUAUCUAACUGAAGUUACUUCUUAACAAAAUAUAAACAAGUAAAUGUUAUUCAAAAUUAUAUUUUACUAUAUCAAUCCAAAUAUUAUUUAUUAAAAUGUUAUAUCAUCAAUUGGUGCUAAAUUAUACUUAAGAGGUGUCACAUUUAAUGUGACAUUAAAUGGAUUGUCCCGAAACAUACAUACUAUAUUGUUUGUUGAUAUUGUUGUGUUAUAUAUAUAUAUAUAUACAUUAUCUAUGAAUGUACUUAUAUAUCAUCAUUAUGUAAUUAUCGUAGAAUGAAAAAUCUAAUUCCUAUUAAAUGAGAAACAAAAAGGAGUAAAGAAAUCAAGCAUAUACGAGUCAAUAUAAAAUUAUCUAAUGAUGGUCAAAAUUAUGUCUGAGUAAUUUCAAAUUUAUUGUUACAGUAAACUUUACUAUCAAUAUAGAUACAUAUAUUUAUGGCAAUAACUACCAAAAUUGAAUGCAGUUAAAAAGUACCUGCGGAAAGCUAUAGUUGUUAUUUAUUUCAUGAUUUUACAAUAUUAAAUCUUUAAACAUGUAAAUUCACAUAUGUCGACUCAUUUACUAUUUACUUUAUAUAUUAAAACAUAAAAUAUGUAGCCGUUUGGAUGUGUCGCCUAUAAUUACACAAAACUCGAGGAUUUUGUUCUUAAUUAAUUCAGUAAUAAGUAAAAAAAAUCAUAUACUCAAGAUUUAUAUACUGGUACCUCAUUUAGUAGUCUUAUAUAAUAUAUUGACACAUAAUUACGUAGCUAAAUACAUUUAGAUACCAUCUGUAGUUGAAAUAAUUGUGAUAAACUGUUUGCACACAUUCAAACUGGCACGAACGUAUUAACUAGACAUUUGAAAAAUUCUUCACAAUUCAUCAGCUCUUAUAUUGAAAAACAGUUAUAUAGUAACAGUUAUAUAUUAAUUAUUAAGUGAUAUGAAUUAACUUCACACGGAACAUACCUACCUACAUCAUAAAUAUAAUAUCUAGCCAAAUGUUAAGUAAAUCGAUAUUUUUGGUUAUUUGCACUUAGACAAUAGCAAAUGCAAAUGUUUAGAUACAUUUAGAAUUGAAAGUUACACGAAAUAGAAUUAUUUGUUAAAGACAGAAAAUACAUUGGUAUACAAUAAGGUGUUAAUUACUAUUUUUAGAAUCUUUAAAGAAAAUAAUAAAAGUUACAGCAAAAUAGCAAAUCUUAUCUAUUAUUAAUGUUAUUAUUUUGUUUUGUUAUUAACUUAUUUUUAAACCCUUCUUUUAUUUCAAAUAUUUGGAUAAAUGUUUAUAUUUCAUGCGUUCCUUAAUCUUUGGUCUUUCCAAUGUGUUACAUCUGUUUGUUAAGUACUUAUCGUUGAGUAGUCUUAAACUGUCUAUAACUUCUUGAAUUUUAAAUGUAGAAAAAUAUAUUUUAAUGAAAACUGAUUAUCUUGCCAGCAGCUAUUUAUAACAAUCAUUAAAUAACUUAUGAAGUGGUGGCAUUGUGACAAAUAAUGAAUAACCUGUCACUAGUGAUAUUUGUAGCAACGACAACUGAUGGUAAUGUUUUCAGAUAAUUAAACAAUAUUAAAUAAAAUUUAAUUUAUAAUUGUAGCAAAGUAACAACACGGGUUAUUAGUAAAGAAUAGUUUAAAAGUUAAGUUAUUUAUAAUAUUAUUAUAUUAGACAUAAAUAGUGUUGUUAACAAUGGAGUGAAUUUUCUAAACUGUAGAAUCUUUGUUAGUCACGAAGAGGGGACUGAUCAGGUACGUUCUCCUAAGUUACUAUCACAUGUAGAUGGUGUGGUUAGCGCUAGAUUACGUUUGAUUAUGCUUUCUAUGUUGCUCAAAUUGACGAUACGCAAACAAACUAUGUUUUAUCCAGUACAAAUUGUUGCUUUUUAAUUUUGUUUUUUUUUUUUUUUAAUUUAAAGCAAUAGACAUUUUCUAUACAACAUUACUAUUAUCUUCACAUUAUUAUGAGGCUAUUCCGUUAUUGUUUAUUUCUAUACAUUACAUAUGUUGGUUUAAACCCAUGGCAGCUAUAAUGGUCUGAUUCUGUUUACGUUUCAGUUAUAUAAUUUGUAACUGUACUCUUUCUACUUUAAUACCCACCUUUUGUGAUCUUAAGAGCUAAGUUAACUGAAGUGUUAUUUUUUUAUAUUUGUGUACCUACUCGUAUACUUUACUUGCCGAAAUAGUUCCAAAUGCAAACACUUUUGAGUCCUAUUAUAUCAUAGUGAAAUCUGUUCUUUUUUGUUAUAUUAUUUUUUAAUUUAUUAACUUAAUAAAUUAUAAUUACUUUAAAUAGUUUAAUUAAGCAGUUUAACACGGCACAGCUCAAAGUUGUUCAUUUAUUUGAUUCUCAAACACAAUUUUGUGUUGUAACAAAACAAUUUAUUAUGACACCAGAAGGUUUUGUGAUGUCUAUUGAAUUGUAACUAUGAAGGACUGAUGUUUUCAGUUCAUUAGAUUCCAAAAGUUAUGUUUCUAUUUUUCAUUUGUUUCUAGUUUUAAAUGUUUUAUUUUAGGAUUUAUUACAUGGACGAGAUUUAAUGCACAUUAUACUAAAUAAGUAUAUAUCUACACGAAAUCUUUAAUUGUAUGGUGCUAAUGAUCAUUGUAUGAUUUGAUAUCGUUAAAUUACAAACGAUAUGUCAGGAACUAUGUCCACAAACUUGUCCGUGAAGUAAUUCCGUCUUUCGUGGUUUUUCUUUUAAUCAUGGUGUAAUCACUUUCGUCAUUCAAUUUGAACAAAUAAAGGUUAAUAUAUUUUC